ACGCGUUUCACGGCUCGCACUGACUGAAUGGCAGCGCAUGUGGUUCAGGAGUUUGAGUUUCUGUGUUCCCAGCAGUUCAGGAGUUGGUUCCCCGGCCGGUUACGGACAUGUUUGGAGUUUCAGCAGCUCAGCGAGGAUCCGUCGGACUCUUCCGCUGCUGGCUGCUGACCGUCAGUCCCACAACAACCCCCCGGUGGCCUCUGCUGUCUUCUCGGUCGUGUUUCGGUUCUGCCCCAGAUAAAUCACCAGCACUCGAACCUCUGCGGCGGUGGGCGCUGACGGUCAGCCCCUUCACCACAGUGAAGGCCCAGGUAUCCUGCAACAUCAUCAUCCGCCCGCUGGACCCGCACGCCUUUCCCGAAGCUGACCGAGCCUUCAUCUCAGUCCACGGUCCGAACAGCCACCAGGUGGACUGUCAGAACCACAUCCAGGUCCACUACGACGAGCAGAACCAGGAGCUGGUGAUCUCCACUCAGAGGGUCGACAGUCACGUGACGAUUGAGAUGGACGCGCCUCUCAAAAGCAAUCUGUUCAUCACCACUGAAGGAAAAGGAGACGUGGAGGUGAAGAAGAUGGAGUGUGAAAUCUGCAGAGUGCAGACACAAACUGGCAACUGUUUACUUCAUUCAGUCAAGGGUCAUCGGAUUGAGGUGCGGUCCCACGGGGGACACGUUACAGGUCUGGGCACGAUCCAUGGCAAUGUGGACAUCAACACAAGAGGAGACGGUUGGGUGAAUGUUAAAAAGCUCCAGGGCACAACGAUGAACGUUUCAACAGAACAUGGGUCUCUGAAGGUCAAAGCCGUCUAUGCUGAGUCCAACAGUGUCUCCUCCUGCUCUGGGCCAGUUGAACUGGGUCAUGUUCACGGGAACACUACAGUGAAGAACGUGUCUGGAGACACCGUUAUUGAUGGUUCGAACAGUUUCCUGAAAGUUUCCUCUAACAGCGGAGACAUUGAUGCGUAUGUGGGAGACGGCGGUGCUGCUGAACUCCACAGUCAGGAAGGAGCAGUGAGUGUGCGUGUCCCGUCCUCGUUAAGAGUUGGUGUGAAUCUCUGCGGAGCGUCGGUGGAGAUCAGCCCGGAGGUUGUUCUGCACGGAGUGGAACACAACACCACUGACGGCUGGACCACACUUACUGGCUGUCUGAACGGAGAGUUUCCAGCCGACCGGUGGGUCAGAGCUCGAGCAGAACGAGGCCCCGUCAGACUGAGGACACAAAGCUGGUUCGAGUCCCUGAAACUAGGAAGCUAGAAGAUGUGAUCAAAGCUGUCGCUCCACCGGAGCUUUAUUUUUUAUAUAAACUGAAUGUUUUCAGCUUGAAUAUACAACUCUGUUCUCAAGAUGUCCAUCCAUCCAUCCAUUUUCUUU